AUGACUACUGCAGGACUCGGUGUGCCCGUCAAGCUCCUCCACGAAUCCCUCGGCCACAUCAUCACAGUCGAGCUCAAAACUGGCCAACUUUAUCGCGGCAAAUUAGCCGAAGCCGAGGACAACCUCAAUAUCUCGUUGAAAGAUAUCACUGUCACAGGACGAGAUGGCCGUGUCUCACAGUUAGAUCAAGUGUAUAUUCGAGGGAGUAUGGUCAGAUUCUUCAUUGUUCCUGAUAUGUUGCAGAACGCACCCAUGUUCAAACGCGUAGGACCUAAUGCGAUGAAGGGAAGAGGUAUCGGUACAGCUCGUGGUCGUGCAACAAUUAUGCGCGCAAAUGGCAAGUCCCUUGCUCAACAAUUUCUCGACGCGGACGUGGAGUGGCGCCUCCUGCUCGUGGUAUCAGACGAUGAGUAUCCCACAAACACUGCAUUCUAG